ACAACUUCCUGACGUACCCCUUUCUAGCCAGUCUUUCGACAGAGCCGAUGAGUUGAAGAGACAGUGAAAGCGUGGCUCUCCAAUCGUGGCUGCUGUAUACGGGCACCUAAUUCGUGGAGAAACUCAUCUGGUUGUUCCUUUUUCACCCGUCUGCCACAGCUAACGAAAUUAACAUUAGCUUAGCUUGUCGGCGAUAAGCGACGUCUGGGUGGAAAAACAGAUGAAUGGGACUUUUCCUUGCGCUUACGAGAACGGUUAAUUCAUCUCUCUGCCACUAGCACUGGUGCUUGUUAAAUUUAGCUGUAGUUUCCGUAAAAAGGGGCUGCCAUGGAGCCGCACACGGGCUGUGUGAACAUUGGCAGUCUGACUAGCACCUUACCAGUAAUUCCCUACCAGAAGCUGACAAACCUUCACUACCUGAGUAAAGGUGGUUUCGGUACUGUAUUCAAGGCUCAGCACUCGGACUGGCGGACAACUGUGGCCAUCAAGUGCCUCAAGCUCGAUUCUCCCGUUGGCGAAAGGGAAAGAAACUGCCUGCUGAAGGAGGCAGAGGUGUUGCAUAAAGCCAGGUUCAACUACAUCAUCCAGAUCUUCGGCGUCUGUAAUGAGCCCGAGUUCUUCUGCAUAGUUACAGAGUUCAUGAGCAAUGGCUCCCUAGACCUGCUGCUCCACGAGAAAGUUCUUUACCCCCUGCUUGCUUGGCCUUUGCGGCUCAGGAUUCUGUAUGAGAUUGCUCUGGGGGUCAACUUUCUUCACAACAUGACUCCACCCCUUUUACAUCAUGAUCUUAAGACACAAAAUAUUCUAUUGGAUGGGGAAUUUCAUGUUAAGAUUGCAGACUUUGGCCUUUCAAAAUGGCGGCAGCUCUCAGUCAGUAAAGGUUCAGGGUCCAAGCCUACAGAAAUGGGGGGCACAGUAAUCUAUAUGCCCCCCGAAAAGUAUGAGCCUUCCAACACUCGGCGGGCUGAUGUCAAACACGACAUGUACAGCUAUGCAAUAAUUAUGUGGGAAGUUCUGUCCAGGCAGAUUCCAUUUGAAGAAGUGACCAACCCCAUGCAGAUCAUGUUUAGCGUGCUGCGGGGACGGCGUCCUGACACAGGCUUGGAUAGCCUGCCCGCCAAUAUCCCCAGUAGAGAGACUCUCAUCAACAUUAUGACCUGCGGCUGGACCGCUAACCCUGAUGAACGACCCUCCUUCCUCAAGUGUCUGAUUGAGCUGGAGCCCAUGCUGAGGAGAUUCAAUGAGAUUGAUUUUAUGGAAGCUGUGUUGGAGAUCAAGAAAUCAAAGUUGAUGAGGAUGACAGCCAGCUGCACAGCCCAGCCAGCCUGUGAAAAGAGGAAAGAGCAGGAAUCACUGAAGGACAGCCCCAGCUCCUGGCCGGAGAGCUCCACCUCAGGAUCAGGGUCUUGUUCAUCCCAGGAAGUAGAAGUAUCUCAGCCAGGCUUCCUCACCAGCUGCAGCAUUGUGCCACCCUCUAAAGAAGAGUCUCCAUUGUCAUUCAUGUCCAAUGCUCUUGAGCCUCCUAAGUCACUGCAGGACCACAACCCAGUCAACAAUCAAAGUGACUACCAGAGUGCCAAACCUAUGAAUGACUUGAAUAUACCUGUCAAAACAAUGAUACCUAUAAAUGAAUGUGAGAGCCGUCUAGAGAAUAUCACGCUACAGCAACAAGCCGACAACUCGCCUCCAUUGCCCCUCUCCACUCCCUCGCAGGGCCCCAUCGGAAAGUGGAUUGCAGUGCGGCGCGAAGAAAUCAUCCGCCAGAUGACUGAUGCCUGCCUGAAUCAGAGCUUGGAUGCCCUGCUGGCACGCUCACUGUUGAUGCACGAAGACUAUGAGCUGGUGAUCAACCAGCCCACGCGCACUGCCAAGGUCCGCCAUCUUCUAGACACAUGCAAUCGCCGCAAUGAGGAUUUCUGUUACGUGGUUGUCCGCAAGCUAUAUGAAAACAAACAGAUGGGCCUACAGCCAUACCCAGCUGAACUGGGCUUCCCUACAGUCCCCCUUGUCCACAGCACACCAACACUUUCCAUAUCCUAUAAUAUCCCCAGGACCAUGUAGCGGCAGUCCCCAGACAAGCAGUGGAAAUGCUUCAGUUGUUGUCAAGAUGAUUGUCAUGGCUCAAGCUCUGCCAGUGUCUCACAUGAAAAGGCGGAAAAAUUCAAGCUGGUCUGACUAGUGGCUUGUGGCUUUGAAGGUAGGCAAAAGGAAUCAAAUGUAAAGAUGUUUGAAAACGGUUGGAUUUCACAAAGCUAUCCACUAUGCUAGGACGGAUUCCAAUAUGCCAGAUAUUCUUCUCUAGUAUAUAUAAUCAGCAGUACCCAGUCUAUUCUGACUGAAUCAGUGGUUUAAUUAAAAAAUAUGAUCCACUUCAUUCUGAGUGAACUUGGAUCUACUGCUGGAGCCUCACCCCGAUGGUUAUGUUUUUUAACUUUGUCUACAUAAACUCAAAGUUACCUGAAAGGUAUACUGUUACAGCCCCGUGUGUGUGGCCUUAUUUAUAUAAUGCAAAUGUUCCACCGAUGUACUUAAUCCGAGAGAGAUUCAGAAAAAUUUGGAAUGUUAACAGGCCAGAGAAAUGUCAGCCUAAAACAGUAUACGUUCAAUUGUAAAACCCUUCUCUUUAAGUCGACCGUUGCGUUCAUCUUUUGCUUUAUUCAGACUCUUUUCUGCCUUCCAAGUAUAGGUAUUACUACUGUGACUACUGCAUUUGUUCUGAACCAUCUAGUACAAACCAGGAAAUGAAUGGACUGUCAAGUGUUGAACAAGACCAGAGUACACAUGACCUCAGCCAUUUGGUCAUCUAAUAUGUGGUCUAAAGGAAUAAGUAAGCACUCGUUUUUGUUUUUCAUGUCUCUGCCAAUUCACAUUUUGAAAAGGGUGAAAAAAGGACUGGAGAACAAGAGAACAGAGAGUGUGUGUUUGGGGGGGGGGGUCUAUAGUACAACAACACGCCAUGGCAUCUCACAAGUCUGUGCAGAGAGCUAAGCUGGCUAAAGCCAGCAUGUUGCUUUUCUAUUCAGCUCAGUUUUAUUGAACUUAUGUGUUGAACCCCAUGUGUGUCGCCUAUGUCUUAUGGGUCUAGGCAUCUUUGAUUCCUCUGUAUUAAGUAGACAAUUUCGGAGGGGACUGAUCUUAACGUGUUUCCCCCAGAAGUAAGAUAAAGCUUACAUUUUGUCCCUCAAAGGGGCAAUAUGAUGCAUCUUGUUUAUUGUUGAGUUCAUCAUGAGGGCAAUUGGUUCUGCCAUCUGAGGCCCCAUGUUUCAGCUCAAAAAAAUGGUGAAAAAAAGGUUUGCUACCCUUUAAGCUUAGUCAGCGAUCUAGCAUUACUAGUCUUCUGAACUGGAAUUCCAGCCAGUGAGGCCAGAAUUUCCCAGUCUGUUUGAAAUACCACAUGGAGUCUGUUGGUUUUUGGUACAGCCUGUCCUGCCCAGUGUUAAUGGUAGGCUGAUGAGAUUUGCCAAGGCAUGGAUCAAAAAUAAAAUGGUGACUCUUCACAUUGAAUCCAGAAAGGUGUGUGUGUGUGUGUGUGUGUGUGUGUGUGUGUGUGUGUGUGUGUGUGUGUGUGUGUGUGUGUGUGUGUGUGUGUAAGAUUAAAGUGGACUGCAUAUGUUUUUUUGCUUUUUUUCCCUUCUUAUUGGAAGCUACACUUUUACCUGAUAUCAGACAGAAUUGUCAACUUGUUAACACUCCAUUUCCAUCGGUCAACUUGGUGGAGUGGGUAGAUUCAAAGGUCUGGACCCAGGCAAACACUUCUUCCUACUGUUCUCAAAUAGCCCCACAGUACUAUGCUCUCCAAGUAGGGAAUACCAAAUAUCACUGUCUUCUGUAGUCACCUGGACACUGCUAGAAUUAACGUGCUCCUAUGGAUUCUUGAACUGGGUAACUUUGGAUAUGAAGGCAUCAAAAACUAACUUGGGUAAAAACUUUGCUUUACAACAUGAGUCAU